AUGGACCAGCCGGACGGAUACCUGGAUGCAACACAGCCGGACUAUGUGUGCAAGCUAAAGAGAUCACUCUACGGCUUGAAGCAAUCGCCUCGCAUGUGGAACCAAACAAUCGAUGGGUUCAUGAUCAAGAUGGGAUUCAAGAAGUGCGAAUCGGACCACUGCAUCUACAUCAAGCGAGACGACCAAGACAUGAUUCUCGUGGUGCUCUACGUCGAUGAUCUCAUCCUGGCCAGCAGCAACAACGAACUCCUCAAGUCAACCAAGAUGGCGCUGAGCAAACGCUUCGAAAUGACGGAUCUCGGUGAGCUCGAUUACUUUCUCGGCAUGGAGAUCAAGAACGACCGUAAGACGGGAAUGGUGACUGUACAACAAACCAAGUUCCUCAAGUCCGUGUUAACCAAGUUCGGAAUGGAUAACAGCAAGCCAGUGAAGACGCCUCAAGAUCCCGGCCUGAAGCUAACCAAGAACAUGUGUGAACAAGAAUGCAAGCACGAAGACACCAUGUGCAACGUGCCAUAUCGAAGUGCUGUCGGAGGCAUCAUGUAUCUCAUGGUCGCCACACGUCCGGAUCUAGCUGCUGCAGUGGGAUCAUUAUCCCAGUUCUCGUCCGACCCAUGCCCGACUCACUGGCAAGCUUUGAAGCGUGUGCUGAGAUACCUGCAAGCAACGCCCAAUCAUGGUCUUGAGUUUACACGUGAAGAAGGAAGCCGUAUCUGCGGGUACACCGACGCAGACUGGGCCGGCGACAUUGAGUCAAGACGAAGUACAAGCGGCUAUGUGUUCAUGAUGAGCGGAGGAUGCAUCAGCUGGAAAAGCCAGAAACAACGGACGGUCGCGCUAUCUUCAACAGAAGCAGAAUACAUGGCGCUUUCCGAAGCAACCAAAGAAGCAGUAUGGCUCAAAGUGCUUUUGGGGGAACUUGGUGAGAUGACAAGCGACGAAGCGAUCAAGAUGUAUGAAGACAACCAAGGAUCAAUCGCUCUCGCCAAGAACCCGGAGUUCCAUAAGAGAACAAAACACAUCGACAUACGCUACCAUUUUGUGCGUGAGAAGGUGGAAUCAGGUGAAGUCGUUUUGGAGUAUUGCCCGACUCAAGAUAUGCUGGCAGACAUGAUGACCAAGCCGAUCGCCGCUGUACAAUUUGAAAACAUUCGCGAUCGACUUGGGAUCCAUGGUGCCGCAGCUAACGAGUCGAGAGGGAGUGUUGAAAAGACAGCGGCUGUGAAGAAGACACCUCGUCAAGCUGCGUCAAGUGUUGAAGCAAGUGGAAGACCAAGCUUCGCUAUACCGGUGGGUACCGGUAUGUACCAGUAA